AUGAAGUGGAUCCACGACGAUCAGGCUUGGCUUCCGACUAUCCGCUCAUUCGGAAAAAAAGGUCAGAGAAGAAUAAAAAUAGCCGACGCUGAGAUUGUUGCAAACAAUCAAGCACGGAAAGCCAUAUAUAACCUUGUUGAAAUUGGCAAAUUCGGUCCAUUUGGAAACCGGGAUUCCACCGAUGAAAAAAACCCCGGUGAUGAUGGACAACGUGCGGCAGUGUGUGUGGUGUUGACGCUCACGUCUCUCCGACUGCUCGUGGUUUUUUUCGGGAAUUCCUUGAACACCGAACGUAAGAUGUUCGUGAUACUGGUGGAAUGUGAUAACCCUUAUUAUGUCAUGAUGGAUGGAGCAGGAGAUUAUGGUUGCACACUGCAUAAAGCAUAA